AUGGCGAACGAUGGAUGGCAGGAAAUCCACUGUAAACUUGUUAAAAGCCCACAUGGGCUGUCUCGUUACCUGAACACAUUUUACGGCGAUGGAAAAUUCUCCGUUGAGACACGUCAAAAUGUGUAUUGCAUUAAAGCACAGGGGUGUCAGAAACGAUUAGACGUGGUGAGUACGAGUCACUGUAGUCUCGUUCGUUAA